CCCACAAAGCAGCUUCUUAUUAGGCCCCGCUCUUCCGCUUCCGCUUCCGCUCGUCACUUCCGCUUCCGGGUGCGCCGAGCGCGGACCCUCCUCCUCCCCCUCCUGCACCCCCCUUUUCCCCAGGAAGGUUCCGGAAGGUCCUGGCAGCCCGAGGCAGGUCCCGGAAGGUCGCGGAAGGUUCCGGAAGGUUCCGGAAGGCGCGGGGAUGUGGCACGAGGCGCGCAAGCACGAGCGCAAGCUGCGGGGGAUGAUGGUGGACUACAAGAAACGCGCCGAGAGGCGCCGCGAGUACUACGAGAAAAUCAAAAAGGACCCGGCCCAGUUCCUGCAGGUGCACGGCCGGGCCUGCAAGGUGCACCUGGACUCUGCCGUGGCCCUGGCAGCCGAGAGCCCCGUCAACAUGAUGCCCUGGCAGGGGGACACCAACAACAUGAUCGACAGGUUCGACGUCCGUGCUCACCUGGAUUUCAUCCCCAUGUACACCCCGGCCCUGCUCAGCCCCACCUCACCGGAGCAGGAGUCCGACGAGCGCAAAUGCAACUACGAGCGGUACCGGGGCCUGGUGCAGAACGACUUCGCUGGCAUCUCGGAGGAGCAGUGCCUGUACCAGAUCUACAUCGACGAGCUCUACGGGGGCCUCCAGAAACCCAACGAGGAUGAGAAGAAAAAGCUGGCGGAAAAAAAGGCUUCCAUAGGCUACACCUACGAGGACAGCACGGUGGAGGAGCUGGAGAAUUCCCUGGAGAAGCGAGCGGGGGACGAGGAGGACUCCGAGGAGGACUCCAACACCGACGAGGACGAAGUGAUCCCGGACAUCGACGUGGAGGUGGACGUGGAUGAGCUGAACCAGGAGCAAGUGGCCGACCUGAACAAGCAGGCCACCACCUACGGCAUGGCCGAGGGGGAUUUCGUCAGGAUGCUGAGGAAGGACAAGGAGGAGGCUGAAGCCAUCAAAAACGCCAAGGCCCUGGAGGAGGAGAAGGCCAUGUACUCGGGCCGCCGCUCCCGCCGGCAGCGCCGGGAAUUCCGGGAGAAGCGGCUGAAAGGCCGGAAAAUCAGCCCCCCCAGCUACGCCCGCCGGGACAGCCCCACCUACGACCCCUACAAACGCUCCCCCUCGGAAUCCAGCUCGGAGUCGCGUUCCCGGUCCCGCACGCCGUCCCCGGGCCACGAGGAGAAGAUCACCUUCAUCACCAGCUUCGGCGGCAGCGACGAGGAGCCCCCGGCCGGGCCCGGCGCCGCCGCCGCCGCCCGCGGCCGCCGCAGCUCCCGGGAGCGGCCGCGCCCGCCGGCGCCCGGAGCCUCCGCGCCCGCCCACCGAGCCUCCUCCCGGUGCGGGCCGCAGAUUUUUCUGCUUUUCCCCCAGAUUUUUCUGCUUUUUUCCCAGAUUUUCCUGCUUUUUUCCCAGAUUUUCCUGCUUUUUCCCCAGAUUUUCCUGCUUUUUCCCAUUUUUCCCAUUUUCCCCAUUUUCCCCAGCCUCCCCUCCCCCAGCUCCCCUCCCAAAUCCCCCCAAAUUCCCGGGAUGGGCUCAGGGUUGCUGGGAAGGGCUCGGGGGGGGGUUUGGGGGUCCCCAGCCCCAUCCCAGCCCCUUCUCCUGAGCCAAAUUCCCACAUUUUUGCAGCCCAAGCUGACCCCGCAGGAGAAGCUGCGGCUCAGGAUGCAGAAGGCUCUCAACAGGCAGUUCAAGGCCGACAAGAAGGCGGCGCAGGAGAAGAUGCUGCAGCAGGAGCAUGAGAGACAGGAGCGCGAGGACGAGCUGCGCGCCAUGGCCCGCAAGAUCCGCAUGAAGGAGCGCGAGCGGCGGGAGAAGGAGCGCGAGGAGUGGGAGCGCCAGUACAGCCGCCAGAGCCGCAGCCCCUCCCCGCGCCACGGUCGGGAGUACAGCUCCUCCCGGAGGCACUCUCGGUCGCACUCGCGGAGCCCCCACUACCGGCACUGAGGGACGGAGCCAAUAAAUCCCUGGAAAAGCCCAAA